CGGGCCGGCCAUGGCCAAAGGGGCCCUGUUAUGCCCCCCAGCCCCAUGCUACGCACCCCCACAAGCUACUAGCACGGGACACGCCGGCUCUCGGGUUCGUGCGAUCGCAGCCUUCUUCUCUCCUCAUAUAUCUCGAUCCCCGCGCCACGCGGGCGGCUGCUCCCCGUCGUUGCGUAGGGAGGCUGCGGAAUCUCAACGGCCUCUUCUAUCCUCUCCUCCCAGACUCCAGUCCUACGCCUCGCCCCAGCAGCUUCCCCGCCGAAGCACGCCAGAAGGGACUCUGCUCUCGUCGUCGUCGCUAGACUGGCGUGGACUGGAGUCUGGAGAUCCUUGCGGGCGUGAAUUCUGCGGUUGGUAAGACCGUCCAUUUUUUCAGGUGUUUCACUAUAAUUUAGAAGAGCAUAAUGCCUCGAGGGCGAGGUUCUCCUGUGUCAAACCCCAAGGAGACUAACGUUGAGGAAACAACCAAUUCUAAUAAAGAUAACACCAGGCAUAGCAGGAGCGUAUAUUUGUUGCUGGGAUUGUUGAUAGUCUUCCUUCACGGAUCCUGGUCUGUUUAUCGUACCCAGUUUGGAAAUCUUCCUUUGCCCCUUGAUGCUGAGCAGGCUGGUAAACGGGGGUUCUCGGAAGCUUCCGCCCUUAAGCAUGUGGAGUACUUGACAGGCCUGGGUCCUCAUCCAGUUGGUUCAGAUUCCCUCGAUCUUGCUGUGCAGUAUGUCUAUGCAGAAGCAGAGAAAAUAAAGAAGACAGCUCAUUGGGACGUUGAUGUUCAAUUGGAGCUAUUCCACACAGAUAUUGGUGCAAAUCGUCUAUCUGGUGGCCUUUUCAAUGGAAAAACACUCUUGUAUGCAGACCUUAAGCACGUGAUCCUCAGAAUUGUUCCCAAAUAUUUACCAGAAGCUGAGGAAAAUUUGAUUCUUGUCUCUUCUCAUAUUGACACAGUUUCUACAACUGAAGGUGCCGGAGAUUGUAGUUCAUGUGUGGGAGUCAUGCUAGAGCUUGCACGGGGAGUGGCUCAGUGGGCUCAUGGGUUUAAGAGUGGUGUCCUAUUUCUAUUCAACACAGGGGAAGAAGAGGGCCUUGACGGAGCACACAGUUUUAUAACUCAGCACCACUGGAGAAACUCAGUACGCUUUGCUGUUGAUUUGGAAGCUAUGGGUAUAAGUGGGAAAUCAACCCUUUUUCAGGGUACUCACCAAUGGGCUUUGGAAAGCUUUGCUGCUGUAGCCAAAUACCCAUCUGCUCAGAUAGCUACACAGGAUGUUUUCCGUUCUGGAGCAAUAAAAUCUGCUACUGAUUUUCAAAUAUAUCAGGAAGUAGCUGGUCUUCCUGGCCUUGACUUUGCAUAUACAGAUAGGACAUCCGUGUAUCAUACAAAGAAUGACAAAAUGAAGCUUCUGAAACCAGGAUCCCUUCAGCAUAUUGGAGAAAAUAUGCUUGCUUUCCUACUCCAUGCUGCUGCCUCACCAAAAUUCAUGAAAGAUGCACAUCAGGCAAAGCAAGAGAGCACAGAGCAGAAAAAAGCUAUUUUUUUCGAUAUUCUGGGCAAGUAUAUGAUUGUCUAUCCACAGCGACUCGCAAUCAUGUUUCACAACUCGAUAAUAUUUCAGUCACUUCUUAUAUGGGGAACAUCACUGCUAAUGGGUGGACGCCAUGGGCUUGUGUCCUUCGGAAUAUCAUGUUUGAGCAUUAUUCUAAUGUUGAUAUUUUCUAUCUGUUUACCGGUUGUGGUGGCAUUUGCUCUGCCACAUAUCAGUCCCUUUCCUGUUUCAUUUGUUGCAAAUCCAUGGUUAGUUAUUGGCUUAUUUGGUUCGCCUGCACUGCUCGGGGCAUUUAUUGGACAGCAUAUUGGAUUUAUUCUCCUGAAGAGGCACAUUCAACAAGUGUAUUUAAAAACAAAGCCAGGUCUAACUGGUAACACCAUUGAAUACAUUGUUGACCUGGAAGCUGAGAGGUGGAUUUUCAAAUCCGGUUUUGUACAAUGGCUCAUAGUUCUGAUACUGGGAACCUAUUUGAAAGUUGGAGCGUCAUAUAUAGCACUCAUAUGGCUUGUUUCUCCUGCUUUUGCAUAUGGUCUUAUGGAAGCAACACUAUCUCCUGCAAGGCUACCUAAACAGCUUAAAGUCGUUACAUUGGUUCUGGCUUUGGCUGCGCCAGUUGUGUCAUCUGCUGGUUUGGUUGUUCGCAUGGUUGAUGUGAUGGCUGGCAGUAUUGUACGUGCUGAUAGGAACCCUGGUGGACUACCAGACUGGCUUGGAAAUGUUGUAGUUGCUGUUGGCAUCGCUAUAGUUGUCUCUUUUACAUUUGUUUAUCUUCUUUCAUACGUCCAUAUCUCAGGUGCGAAAAGAACACUUCUUUCUCUAUUGUGUACACUCUUUGGUCUUGCUCUUGUAAUGGUAUCAAGUGGCAUUGUUCCAGCAUUUACGGAGGAUAUUGCUCGUUCUGUAAACGUUGUGCAUGUUGUUGAUACUACAAGAAUGAAUGACAGAAAUACAGAACCAUCAUCCUAUAUUUCCCUGUUUUCGAAUACACCUGGAAAGUUGACAAAGGAAUUGACGGACCUUGGAGGCGAAGAGUUUUCUUGUGGAAGGAAUAUGACAAUUGAUUUUGUGACAUUUACCAUGAAGUAUGGCUGUAGGAGUUACAAAGGGAGCAAUACCGGAUGGAGCAAAUCGGAAGUUCCCCUGCUCCAGGUUGAAAGCGAUUCUGCUUCAGAUGAUACCCGAAGAACAAUAGUAUCAGUUGAUACUAAGUCAUCUACACGCUGGUCGCUUGCAAUCAAUAAGCAGGAAAUUGAUGACUUCACUAUUCAAGUGGAUUCAGAGAACUUGGUUCAACUGGGUGACAAGAGCCAGCUUGAUGGAUGGCAUACAGUCCAGUUUGCUGGUGGCAAGAGCUCACCAACAAAAUUCCAGUUAACCCUCUUCUGGUCAAGCAACGCAACACACGCAUCUCCUAAAGAAGCUAAAGUAGAAGAUUAUCCUUUCUUAGUAAAACUAAGAACAGAUGUGAACAGAGUCACACCGAUGGUUGAGAAGGUUCUUGAGAAGCUUCCACGAUGGUGUACACCUUUCGGCAAGUCUACUUCUCCUUACACACUGGCUUUCUUGACCGCUCUUCCUGUCAAUGUUUAGGCAGCACACACAGUUUCUCCUACAUUUAGGGUAUUGACAUAGUGUUGACUCAUCCUGUAUUUGGCUAUGCAUAUUAGAUCCUAUCAUCUCUUGCACUCAUAGCUUCAGAAUGUACACGGAAGCCACUGCAACAUUGAAUUUGACAGAACCCUGAUGAAGGAAGGGUCAAACAUAGAAGAUAGCCCUGGGACAAACACUUAUCCGAUGAAUCAUGAAUGAAUAAUCGUUUGAUGUCAAAACUGCAGAUUGAUUAGUGGUUGUAUGAAAUACAGGUGUUAGUCACGGAGACAGUUGAAUGCGUGGCCA